GAAAUUCAACUUCCUCAAAAACCCUAGCUUCCUUCUUCUUCAUGGAUCAUCAUCAUCAACAACAAUCCGAUUCACCUAUAGAUGAACCCACAAAUUCAUCUUCAUCAUGGAGUUUUGGUAAUCUAAUCAAAACCCUAGCGACAAAAUCCGAAUCUGUAAUCGGAUCUUACCGUCGCGAUUUCGAGGAAUUCGGAUCCGAAUUGAAGAAAGAAACCUCAAUAAUCCGACGAGUAGCUUCGAGAUUACCUGAUUCUCUCGAGAUCGGAGCCGCCGUCGCUUCGGAAUCUCUCGAAUCGGUUGGUCAAGUUAUCGACGAUAUCGGCGCCACCGUGUGGAAAUCAACGGCUAAGAUUAUUUCUCAUGGUAAGGAAUCUCUAAAACCAGAUCGUGACCGUACAAAUCAGGGUUUAUCUGUGAAACCCUAUAGUCGUUUUGAGAUGAUGUUACUUGCGAUACAAUCUGAUAAAGGCACGUUUGUUAGAGAACCUGAUGAUUUAAGUGAUUUUGAGAAUUGGAGUUUAGGGUUUAAGUUAGAGGAGAAAAGGAAUGAGAUUGUUGAUUUAAUUAAUGGAAACAAAGGUGUUAAAGAGAUCUAUGAGGAGAUUGUUCCUGUUGAAGUUGAUGCUGAGACUUUUUGGAGGAGGUAUUUUUAUAAAGUGUAUAAGCUUGAGCUUGUAGAAGAAGCUAGAGUUAAGCUUGUGAAGAGAGCUAUUUCCGGUGAAGAAGAUGAGGAUUUGAGCUGGGAUCUUGAUGAGAAAGACAGUGAGAUUGGUUCAGAGAAUGUGGUAUUGGAGGAGGAGAAGGUAGAGAGCAGAGAGGUUUCGUCUAAGGACAGUGAUUAUUCGGUGAUUUCGACACAGCCAUCGUUACCUGAAGUUGAAGAUCUUGGGUGGGAUAAGAUGGAAGAAGAUGUCAGAAGCAAUGAGGAGAGGAGUUUGGAGGUUGGUCAAGGGAUUGUGGAGAGAUCGGGUUGGCGAAGACGGGUUAGUGUAGCGGUAGAGGAAGAAGAGGAUUUAUCUUGGGAUAUUGAAGAUGAAGAUGAUGACUCUGUUCAUCAACAAUAGAUAGAGAAUACUUGUGUUAUAGAAGAGGCAAGAUUUAGUGUGAUCACAGUUAUUAAGUGUGAUCAAUACAUAUACAAUUCUUCGAUUUGUAUAGUCCUCUGCUCUAGUGAAUUAAAUCGAAUGUUUUUAA